AUGGUUUCGAAAUCAUUGGAACUAGACCGCUUCAGCUUGAUCAACACGACCGAAAGUUGGAAGCUUGAAGUUGUCUCUGCCGCAGACUUCCAGAUCCCCGGGCACCUGGCCAACUUGGACCUCAACGUCGUUCUUGAAGCCUUGAGCUCAAGAAAAGUUUGGGCUUCCCGUGCAAUGGGAUGCAAAAUAGACAUGGAGAUCCUGCUUGACGGUAAGCAAUUGCUGCGGAACGUCUCUGACCAGUGGCUACAGAGUCUGGGCGUGCGGAUUCGAGAUGCAAAGGCAUGGCAAAAGCUCUUCAUAUCAACAUCUCUUGAAAUCCCUGAAGCGGGCCCUCAUGGGCAACAAUCCCAUGCAUGGGUUCAUCUGAAGAAUAGUGCACAACAAGCAAACCGUGCGGAAGGGGAAGGGCUGGCAGCAUGGCUGGGAAGCAGCACCGAUUUGAAAGUGCCAGCUGGCGUCGUAUCCUUCAAAUUCGAGAGUCUACGAAUGCAAUUCGACUUCAUGCGGGUACAAGUGAAGCCAAAAUCCAAGCGAACAAGGACGCUGGAGGGAAACACAACAUCAUUUGAUGUUAUGUUGCUCGACGUCCCUGCGGAAACUCAGGCCCCGCAUGACACUCAUUCCAAAAAUCUUGAGAAAGCUUCGAAGGCUUUGAAGCACAUACCGGACAAGAUUGCUGGAUUUUUUCGUACCCCCCAUCCCUCCGGCCUCGGCAAUCAAUCGCCGUUAUUCACACUUCAUUUGCAAGCCCAGAAUGCCGAUGCAAUCACUGGUGCGAGUCGGAAGACAUUUGCUUUGGGGGAAAAUAUACAGAAGGGCAGGAAGGGCAGGCACCCUGAAAAGGUCGUGGAAGUUGUCAGGGAGUGGCUGAUAUCGCAUCCCAGCAAUCAAUACCCAACUGCGGAAGAAAAGCAACAACUCAUGGAUCUGACGGGGCUGCAAAGAGUCCAGUUGAGUACUCUUCUUCGCUAUCAACGGCAGAAACUGCGCAAAUGGGCACCCAUCAUAGACGAGACUCACAGUAAAGAUGAAAUGCUGCUGGAUUACGAAGACUCUCCGGCCAUCUAUCACGCGGAGGAACAUGGCAAUGAUAAGAUGCUCUUCUCGCAGACCUCUACCUCGUCAUCAAUUUCGCCAGGCUCCUCAAGUUCUCGCGCUUCUUUGAGCCCUUUCUCCAAGCACCGCUUCACGCCUGAUCCAAGCGACAUGUCCAUCCCAGCGUCAAUACUAUCCAAUCUAGUGGAUGCCGCCACUGGUGUUCUUUUCGGCGGCAACGUAGGCCCUUGUCUUCUUAAAGCACGGGAUACUGAAUUGAGCAAACCAUCCCCAAGAUCUUCGCUGUCUCAAUUGGUCCCGGUCAUGUUCUCUCCUGGGUACAACGAGUCAGUGGCACAUAAUGCUAGAUAUCUCCCAACGAUAUCUCGCGCCUUGUCAACUUCUCUCCCCCACAACAUCCAAACACCCAGCCUGAGGCGGAAGCUACUUCAACUUUCGAGUUGCGACCCAUCAUAUUUUUAUGGUCGUUCCAACGACUGCGGGGAGCCUGGUACACUAGAGAGAUUGUCGUUCGUGACACAAACAAGGCUAUGGGCUAUGAUACAGAGAAAAAUCUACGAUACGACAGCAGCAACAAAAUUAUGGCGACAGACUCUGUCAGAUGAAAGUUUACACAAGGACAGUGACUUUGAAGACUUGUUUGGCAGUAUCGGGGGUCAAGAUCGGGUCAUGAGCGACCUCGGAGACUCUUUCACUGAUGACGGAAUGCUUUUUACCGAUGAUGAAGACGAUGAAUCACUGCUACUGGAUAAAGAAGUCGGGGAAGACUCGGACUGGGAAAGGCGAGCUAUCGAGCUCGAGACUGAUGAAAUGUUACUCAGUGCCGACCAGGAAGAAGCCGAUGAAGAUGGCAAUGGGAUGUAUCUGAUAAAUGAAAUCGAUUCAUGGGUAAGGAAGAACAAAGAAGACGAUACAGAUAUGCUGUUGGGAGAUGGGGGGGACGGAGAUGAUAUGUUACUCUGA